AUGAAGCUGACUUUGAACAUCUUGGUAAUCGCGAUUUCCGUGGUCCAGGCGGCCACUUUCCAAAAUUUGGUAGAGAAAAGCCUCAAUAUCUCGUACGACUAUGUCAUCGUCGGUGGUGGUACCGCUGGCAUGACUCUCGCGUCGAGACUUAGUACCGACAAGUCUCUCACAGUCCUCGUUAUCGAGGCAGGAAUACCUGACAACUAUGAAGGCGCUGUUAUGAUUCCUCGAUUCUAUCCCGGUGCGUCUGGCUUCGCUCCAGGCACCCGGUAUGAUUGGAACUUGACUUCAACUCCGCAAGAGUUUCUCUCCAAGCAGAUCAUCAACCUGACUCAAGGACAUACGAUUGGUGGGAGUAGUACGGUCAAUGCGAUGAUUUUCGAUCGCGGGAUGCCUUCCAACUACGAUGCCUGGGCCGCUCUUGGAAACCAGGGCUGGAACUUUGCGGGUCUACUUCCUUACUUCAAGAAGAGCGAAUGUUUCACCGCCGCAACACCCGCGAAUUUCGCGACAUAUGGCAUGACAUUUGAUGCCGCUUGCCAUGGUUUUGAAGGGCCUGUCCAAUCAAGUUACCUAGCUUGGUCACAUCCGAACAACAGCAAGUUGAUCCCACACUCCACGCCGGUGGACCAAGGAUGCAACCCACUUGGCGCAUACCUAACAACUCAUUCUAUCGAUCCAAGAAACCAGUCAAGAUCAAGUGCAAGAACAGCUCAUUAUGACCAAAAUGUAGACAGAGUCAACCUUGACAUACUUACAGGGCAUCAAGUUACAAAGCUGUUGUUCAAUACUGAUGGAGAAAAACCUAGAGCUACGGGAGUCGAGUUCUCGGCCGGACCUGGCUUGCCAGUUACUAAAGUUGAGGUUCUGAAAGAAGUCAUCGUGUCGGCAGGUGCUCUGAAUACUCCGAAGCUCCUACAGUUGUCCGGCAUCGGACCAGUAUCCCUCACGUCGGGUCAUGGCAUUCCCUCGCUAGUCAACCUUCCGGGCGUUGGAGCGAACCUGCAAGAUCACCCAUUCGGGUUGACGCUAGCUUCCUUGAGUGCUGGGAUACCCGGAAACUACGAGUUAGAAAACGCAACGUUUGAUGCUGAGCAAAAAGAUCUCUACUACUCCAAAAGAGAAGGGCGUUGGACGGAUACUAUUGCAGAGGCACUCGCAUUCAUACCUCUGACAAACUUCACCCAGUCAGAUGUUACUGACGAAUUGCUGUCUAUUAUUAGCAGUGCCGGCGCCGCGCAGUACCUCCCACAAGAUACUGACCAAACUGUCAAAGAUGGGUAUUUGAAGCAAGUACAACAACUUCUAGAAAUGCACCAAAAUGGCUCCACGGCGGGCAUGGAGCUUCUUUACGUCGACGGUGGACGCUCCAUAGUAAACAUCCUGAUGCACCCCUUGAGCCGAGGAACCGUUGCAAUCAACUCCACCGACCCUUGGGCGCCGCCGGUCAUUGACCCACGCUAUCUUUCCCACCCUUACGACGGCCGAGUGUUGGUCGAGUCAAUACGGUUCAACCGAAAGCUUAUGGCGACAGAGCAAAUCCAAGCCCUUGGAGCUACAGAAACGCUACCAGGGGUCGGUACCACGAGCGAUGAUGACCUUUUACAAUUCAUCAAAGGAGUCAGCUCUACAGAGUAUCACUAUACCGGCACCUGCGCUAUGCUUCCGAGGUCACUUGGUGGUGUCGUGGAUUCCAACCUUAACGUGCAUGGGGUCGAUGACUUGAGGAUAGUCGAUGCUAGUAUUAUGCCUUUACUUCCAUCAGCGCAUACCCAGGCGACGGUUUAUGCGAUCGCCGAAAAGGUAAAUCGUGCCCCUACAUUGGAUCAGUCGACUAUGAAUGAAACUAGUGCGGUAGCUCCAGUGCUGACAAACUUCUCUAACACAGGCAGCCGACAUUAUCUUACAGCAAAGUUUUUGAUGCAAAUGGAAAGAAGUUGGAUUCGACGAGGACUUUACAAGAAAUGACAGACGUUGGAUUGCUGUCUGGCCUGGGUACUCACUGGCAGAUGAUCUCUCGUUCAAGCUCCAUAGCUUUUGUGCCGCAGAAGAUUUGUUUUACUUCUGUGACUAGUGCAACCUGCUGUUACAUUGGCAAUGACUUGACAACCCUGUGGACUGCAGGAAACACUCUCCCUGGAACAUCCUGCUGGCAAAUUUUCAAGCCUCGAGUGCCUCAGAUGCUCAACAUCAUCAUAUCUCAGAAAACAAUAGCAGGCACAGCCCUUCCCGGCUCGUG